UAAAGUUUUCCUUAUUUAGCUACGAACCAAACAGAACUUAUGAUUUUCCCUUCUGUUUUCCAUUUUAAAAAAAACUUCUGUGAUGGCUCCAAUGAAGUUCACUCUCCACCCCAAAACUUAAGAAAUUCGAAAGCCCAAGAAAGAAUAUCGCUAUUGCUAUUUCGUCCUUCUCUUUCCAUAAUAUACAUCAUAGAUUCAUACAUCAUCACCGAAGAUCUACACUACGCAAUUUGAAUAUCUUUUCCCCAAGCCGAAAAAGCACCCAAACACACCUCCCCGUCAAGAGAGAUUUUGUGCGUAGGAAAUGGCAAAGAUUUCUGAACAGAAAAUCAGAGAAGGUCAAUGAGGAUACGGAAACCCGAAUCUGAAAAUCUUUCUAUAAUCGUCUCCUCUGUGUGGGUACAAAGAGAGCCAGCAAAACUCGAACUCACUAAUCUGAAAGUUAGUGUGAGAAAAGACUCUUUUAUACGGAGUAGUUAGAUAAAGUUCGUGGCUUUGAGAGAGGAAAAGAAAGAGACAGAAAAUGGGAAAAGCAAUAAGGUGGCUGAAGGGCUUGUUUGGCAUGAAGAAAGACCGGGAAAAGAGGCCUCGGAAGUUCUCAAACUCUCAUGAUAAUGUUCAUGCGGAGGAUUCCUCUUGGUUGAGAUCAGAACAGAACAAGCACGCGAUAGCUGUGGCGGCAGCCACCGCGGCCGCCGCCGAUGCGGCGGUGGCAGCUGCUCAGGCGGCUGUUGCUGUGGUUAGACUUACCAGUCAAGGGAGAGGUGUUGUGUUCAAUUUAGGGAGGGAGAAUCAGGCUGCUCUCAGAAUCCAAUCUGUUUUUAGGGGCUACUUGGCUAAAAGGGCUCUGAGGGCUCUCAAGGGACUAGUGAAAAUACAGGCUCUGGUUAGGGGAUACCUGGUAAGGAAAAGAACAGCAGCCACUCUUCACAGUAUGCAAGCUCUCAUUAGAGCCCAAUCUGCUGCCCGUUCUCGAAGAGCCCGCCGUUCAGUCAAUGGUGACAGACUCCCGCCUGAAACUCGUGCCAGGAAGUCCAUUGAGAGAUUUGAUGAGUGCAGAAGUGCCUUCCAUAGUAGGAGGCUUUCAGCUUCUUCAUACGAUACCUCAUUCAACGGCGGAUUGGAUGAGAGCCCUAAGAUUGUGGAGAUCGACACUUUCAAGCUAAAAUCGAUGACCCGCAACGCUUGCAUGUCUGAAUGUGGGGAUGACCCAUAUUAUUACCACGCACCCUCAUGUCCAGCGCCAGGGAGAGUAUCCCUCCCGGAUUAUGACUGGAGUUUUCUAGGUGACGACAUGGGGGGGAAGUUUCAUACUGCCCAAAACACUCCUCGAGCACCAGGCAGGAGGAACGCACCACCCACGCCACCCAAGAGUGUGUGUGGGGACCACUUCCCGAGUUACAUGGCAAACACACAAUCGUUUCAGGCUAAACUGAGGUCACAUAGCGCUCCGAGGCAGAGGCCGGAUGCCGCGGUGGGACCCACGAAGAAGAGGAUGUCUCUGAAUGACAUCAUGGCAUCAAGGAGUAGCUUUACUGGUGUUAGAAUGCAAACUCCUUGUAAUGUAAGAGAAGAAUAUCACUUCUGAUGAUUAAAAGAAGCACUUCAAGUUUUAGUUUUCACCUUUUACUCAUUCUCUCAAUGCAUUUCUUUUUACUUUUACAUUAUGUUGGAUCCCCGAAAAUGCUUGGGAAAUGAAAGAAAAUGCCAACUUUUUGUUUUUAACUUAUAUAUGCUUGGUUACUUGAAAAUGCAAACGAAAAUGAUAUACA